AUGGCGCGAGUCUUGAACGCUAUCGUUGCCAUGUGUCCUGAUUUGGGGAUAGGAAAGGACGGAAAUCUCCCGUGGCACCCCACGAGACUCAAUGAAGAAUUCAAAUACUUCCGGAAAAUGACCACGACUGCAUCUGUGGAAGGUAAGCAGAAUGUGGUGAUCAUGGGCAGGAAGACAUGGUUUUCGAUCCCAGAAAAAAACAGACCUUUGAAUAAUAGGAUCAAUAUUGUCCUAAGUCGACAACUCAAAGAUCCUCCUGCUGGAGCCCAUCAUCUGGCUUCUGAUUUUUGCUCAGCUCUCAGGCUGAUUGACACUGAGCUGUCGGAGCGGGCUGAUCAGGUCUGGGUUAUAGGAGGUAGCUCACUCUACAAGGAACUGAUGCAGAGCCAAGGCACUAGAAGGUUAUUUAUCACACAAGUUCUAAAACAGUUUCCAUGUGAUACAUUCUUCCCUGAACUCAGACCAGAAGAGUACAAUCUGCUGCCUGGCUUUCCUGGAGUACCUCAGGGACUGCAAGAGGAAAAUGGCGUCCAGUACAGAUUUGAAGUUUAUGAAAGCAUUCUCCAUUGA